UCAGGGCUGCCCGGGAGCCUCCUGGCCGUGUCGGCCCAGCUGAACGCCUGCCGCACUGCCCUGCGCCUCUUCGACGACUUCGCCAUGCUCAGCUACAGCUGUGGCUAUGGGCUGGGCCCCAAGGAUGAGGAUGGCCUGGUGCGGGGGCUGUCGGUGCUCUGCAACCUGGCGAACCAGCUCUACUACCCCUGCGAGCACAUCGCGUGGGCGGCUGAUGCCGGCAUCCUCCGCGUGGGCUCUCAGAAGUGGUGGACUCUGAGCACGGCGCUCUGGGCCUUCUCCCUCCUCCUGGGAAUCCUGCGAUCCCUGAGAAUCUUGUUCCAGUUAAGAAGAAACCUCAGGCAGCACAAGCGUACAUCUUUGCCUCUGAGUCAAAAGGAAAUGAAAGCCAAAGCGAAGGCUGAAGUUUUGAGCAUCCUCACAGACAUGGCAGAUCUCUCCAAUGCAAUCCACUGGCUGCCUCCGGGAUUUCUUUGGGCUGGACGCUUUCCUCCAUGGUUAGUAGGGCUCCUGGGGACCAUAUCUUCCCUGAUUGGUAUCUACCAGGCAUCUAGAGGAGGAAAUUCUGAAGCUGUAUAA